ACUAAGGGCUAUAUCAUAAGGUCGUAGAUUUUAUUUUUGAUUAGUGUUGCUGAGGUUCCAGGGAAAUACAGUCCUUACAAGGAUAUUAGAAAAUACAUCACCAAGCCUGUUCAUUUCACAGUCAUGAGCCUAGACGAGGACACACGUUGGCUCGAGUGGGUCACCAAGCAGUUUGAGAGCAUUGCGGGAGAAGACAAGGAGAUCGACCUGGAUGAAUUUAAAACAGCUCUGAAAGUGAAGGAGUCAUUCUUUGCAGAACGUUUCUUUGCGCUGUUUGACUCUGAUGGCAGUAACUCUAUCAGUCUGGAUGAGCUGCUGAAGGCUCUCAACCUCCUCAUUCACGGCAGCGAGUCGGACAAACUGCACUUCCUCUUCCAGGUCUACGAUGUAGAUGGUAGUGGUUCUAUCGAUCCUGACGAGUUGCGUACGGUACUGAAGUCCUGCCUGAGGGAAAGUGCAAUCUCCUUACCUGAGGAGAAACUCGACGACCUGACGCUAGCCCUCUUUGAGUCAGCUGAUAAAGACAACAGUGGCUCCAUCACAUUUGAGGAGCUAAAGGCAGAGCUGGAGACCUUCCCUGAGGUCAUGGAGAACCUCACCAUCAGUGCUGCUAACUGGUUAAAGCCUCCUGAUCUGGAGCAGAAUAGGCGGCAGACCCCACGCUACCUGACCCGAGCCUACUGGCACAACAACAGCCGAAAGCUGCUUUUCCUCUGCCUCUAUUCAUUCCUCAAUGUGCUCCUCUUCAUUGUAUACAUGCUGCAGCAUGCUGCUGGUGGACUCUGGUUGAUGCUGGCAAAAGGCUGUGGAAUAUGCCUCGACCUCAACUGCACUUUCAUUGUGGUGCUGAUGUUACGGCGCUGUCUCACCUGGCUGAGGGCCACCUGGGUAGUGAGGGUCUUACCUUUGGACCAGAACAUCUUGCUGCACCAGAUAGUGGGAUAUGCCAUCCUUGUCUUCAGUGUGGCACACACAAUGGCUCAUAUCAUGAACUUUAUUCACCUAACACAGGUGCACGAAAGUUAUCAGCUGUGGGAAUAUGUCUUCACCACUCGUCCUGGCAUUGGUUGGGUUAAAGGCACCGCCUCAAUCACUGGAGUUGUGCUGCAGGUCCUCAUCUGCCUCAUGGUGGUCUGCUCCAGCACGUUUGUCAGACGCAGUGGCCAUUUUGAGGUGUUCUACUGGUCCCAUCUGUCCUAUAUCUGGGUUUGGGCACUGCUCAUAAUCCACUGUACCAACUUCUGGAAAUGGUUUGUAGCACCUGGUAUAAUUUUUCUUGUGGAGAAGUUAGUUGGCAUUGCUGUGUCUCGCAUGGGUGGCCUGUACAUCGUUGAGGUCAACUUGCUGCCAUCUAAGGUAACUCAUCUGGUGAUCAAGCGGCCACCCUUCUUCCAAUUCAAACCUGGAGAUUACGUCUACAUCAACAUACCAGUCAUAGCCAAGUAUGAGUGGCACCCCUUCACUAUCAGCAGUGCCCCUGAGCAGCAAGAUACCAUAUGGCUACAUGUACGCUCAAUGGGCCAGUGGACGAAUCGCCUGUUUGAGUAUUUUAGACAGUCUGAUAGCCAAGCCAUCAGCAACAAGAGGCUCACAGCCAGCCUGAGGAACCAUCGCAACCAGACCAAAACCCAGGAAGAGCUGUUCAAGUCCAUGAGCUGUAAUGGAGCUGUAGCAUCUAAUGAGGACGUUGCUGUUGAACUAACUCUGUAUAGGAUGAAUGGAGCACGCAGCACUUCCCAGAAACCACAUAUGGAUCAGACAGUGCAGGCAGAACUGGGAGAUGCCCCGUCAACCACUAGAGAGAUCUCCACUAAACUGAGUGAGAAUCACAGGUAUUGUGACAUCAAGUGUUAUGUAGAUGGACCCUAUGGCACCCCCACCAGGCAAAUCUUUGCCUCAGAGCACGCAGUGCUGAUAGGUGCCGGCAUUGGCAUCACACCUUUUGCAUCCAUUUUGCAGAGCAUUAUGUACCGCUACCGAAUGAGGAAGCAGAACUGUCCCAACUGUAACUACUCAUGGUGCGAGACUAUCAAAGACAAUGAAAUGAUGCUGAGGAAGGUGGACUUCAUCUGGAUAAACCGCGAUCAGAAGUCCUUUGAAUGGUUUGUGAGCCUGCUAACCAAGCUAGAGAUGGACCAGGCUGAUGAGGAGCCUGAGGGUCGAUUUUUGGAGAUGCACAUGUACAUGACUUCAGCUCUCAGCAAGAAUGACAUGAAAGCUAUUGGACUGCAGAUGGCACUGGACUUGCUGGCAAAGAAAGAGAAGAGAGAUUCUAUCACUGGUCUCCGCACACGAACACAGCCGGGCAGACCGGACUGGGGCAAGGUAUUCCAGAAGGUGUCUGAGGAGAAGAAAGGAAAAGUCCACGUGUUCUACUGCGGCUCCCCAGCUCUUGCUAAAGUCAUCAAGGCUCAGUGUGAGCAUUUCGGAUUCAAUUUCUACAAGGAAAACUUCUGAGACUUCCUACCUCCUCACAUUUACUCGUCAGUUAUUUCUUACUCUGCCCUGCUGCCAUAAAUGGAUGCUUGUUUUCACCAACCUACCAGCACCAGAUUUUAAUCUAGCUUUAAAAUGUGACAUUCUCCUUUUGUACUUUGUCAGUAUUUCUGUAUGCACUUGCCUUUGCACUCACACCUCAUUGAUAAUGACAGUAGAAUUCAUCUAUUUUAAUAAACAAAUGUAGUGUAGAAAUAGUGUACAUAUCGCAGCUGCCGUAGGAAUUAUCAUGAUUAUUAAAGAUUAAAAGUGCAGUGUGAUAAGGCUGUAUUGAUAGCACAUUUUCAUUUAUAUGCAUUGUCUUUUUGUGUCAAACAAAUAGGAUGAAUGUAUCCUACAUACAGAAUAGAGCCUAUGUAUUGUCAGGUAUGUGGUUAUUGUACAUGUAUUGCAUUGUCUUCAACUGUCUUCAACAUUUACUCAGUUAAAUAAUACCUUUGACUCACAGAGGUAAAAGUAUG